UUUGUUCCUUUGUUGUCUUGUGUGAAGGUGAAUAAAUGAAGGCUGAUAAUACCGCCUUUUUGUAAAACAGUAUCUUGAACAACAUAACGCCCAAUUUUCAGUAAUUCUGAACAUCGCCCCAAUUUAAGGUACUCGAUUUUUAUCACGACCAUACCCCUUGGGUAUAAAAGGUUCGAAAAAAUAACUACUGGCUACUUUUUUAACCACAACAGAAAGCUGCACUGGAUCUGUUGGUAAAGAGGUUAAAGCGGAUCUACUUUGCAACACAUGGCUUUUCUUUUCCGCUGACAGGUUGGAUGUAGUUUUUCACCUUAUCAUUAGGGACCUUGAGCAUCGACAACGAACUGCACCGUGAAACGACUGGGUCGAGAACGUCGUUCGCGGCGGGAAAAUUCGAGUAUUAAGCGCUCGCUUGCUGUGGACGACGAGUUUCCCUUGUAAACAAAGGAAAUGCAAAUGAUCGAAGUGUUCAAAACGUCUUUUCACGGUCUUCCCUAAACGUUCCGUAGCGCUUUGCCUGUGUUCCCCUCGAGCUGCUUCUUCUUCCUUUUCUUCGUUCUUUACCUCUGAGCUUUUUUUCGUCGGCCAGCUACUCCUGUCAAUUAAAUCUUCGAGAGCUUGGUCUAGUUCGGUCUUCCAGGGGCAUUUUCCUCUUGGUGUAUUUCCGCUUUAUACUUGGUAAUCAGCAAGGUCAUUCUGUCUCUCAUGGAUCUUUUAUUGACUUUGAAUUUCGGAUGAUAAAGGCCACUCAGGUUGACAGCUAUCUGGUUACAUACAUCUUCCCUUUCCUUGCUUCUAUACGGAUGUUGGCAGGGUUCCAUAACUAACACUUCUCGGCAUGGGACCAAGUCAUGUUUGUCUGACCACCGCCAUCUCCUUUACAAAGAAAAAUGGAACCAAAGGAUACUAAUUUUUGGAGACAAUUCACUACAGUUCUUAAACAAAACGGGCGGAACAGAUUAUGAUUUAGCAUCUUUUUGACCGGUAAACCUUUUUGCCCCGCGAAACUGUGCUAGAAAACACAAACAAGAAAGUUUCAAUGCGACUCUCUGGUGCUUGUUUACGAGGCCGAUAUCAAUCGAUUUUCUGGUGUUUUUAGUACAAAAAUACAAAGAACAAAUACGUUGAAAGUUGAAUACGCAAUUGAGAUGAAAUUUCUUUCAGGAAAGUUGAUUUAGGGGUAAAAAUACGAGUAAAUUUACUCACGUUCACUGCUGGACGCCAAACCACGGGUUUACACGUUGUCGAUAGUAUGCGGACGACGAGCCGAGCAUGUGCAAUAGCGUUCAACUCGCCUCAGCCACUUUCUGUAGGUUGUCGUCAAUGCUUAAGGUCCCUAUUAACUCGCCCUGUUAUUAGUUAGACCCCAUACUCGAAAUCUUUAAGCCCAUUUUCCAUGAUAUAAUUACUCCUUCUUAGCAGAAAUGUACUGACUUUAGCGAGUCGCUUUGACAGAUUUGCAUGUUGUUUUUAGGUUGUGUUGUCUUGGGUAUGGUCUUUCAAAAGAGUACUAAAGUGUGACGUCAUAAAAAUGAAAUUUCUGAAAUUAUGGGGUUUGUCAGGAUAUUCUGAGAGAACAAUGUUCAAGAGGCCUACUUGCCAAAAAUGAGCAUUUCGGGGCAAAUUGUCUCUGAGAUCGUAGUCCAGUUAUGCUUAGAAAACUCCAUACAAACCCUUCUAAAUUUUUUUGGGUCGACCCAAAAAAGACUAGAAGGGUUUGUGUGGAGUUUUCUGAGUAUAAGCGGUUCACGGUUCGCGCGAACUGCCGAAGGGUAUUAAGCUGGGAACUCACUUAAGGAAAAGGCUGAAAAAUGGCUACAGAUUAAAGGCUUCAUAACUAACCCAAAUAGUGGCUUAGACUUCAACGUCAAAUGUUGUGUAAUUGAAGAAACUAGAAAGGAGCAGAAUGGGCUCGGUCAAACGGGCUCAUGAUUAGAAGAGCGUUGCAAAGGUUCGAUAGAGCUGCUGGAAAUGACCAUGUUAAUCUUUGUCAUCCUAGACGAGAACAAAAUGGACAAACUGCUAAAAGAAACUGACGGCAACCGAAGACUGGCAAAUCGGAUCGUCCAACGAGUGUUCACACCACAAGACAAGUGUUUCAUGAUCAAAGGCCCAACCGUAAGAUUUGUUGAAAUUAUUUUCCUUCUUUACAGGCUCUGUUUUAUUAGUUAUUUACAGUCUUCUGUUUUCAUUUAGGCGUGGGAAUCCCUUGGUAUUGAAAUUAAAGACUGUCUGUUAAGAUAUGAGGGAGCUGAUUCUUGCGCGGAGUGCAAAGAAAAAGAAAAAACUGAGAAAAUUCAUGGAGCGAGGUAUUUGAUGCCUUUCACACGAGAAACACCGCGCAUUGAGGUAAGGAAAGCGGUAAGAUUGUGAAGAUUUUGUUAAUUAAAAACUUGGCCCAUUAUCCAACGAAAGACUUUAAACUUGAUGGUCAAUUUUGGAACAGUUACAACUUUCUCGAUAUUCAAGACAAUGAGUAAAUUUGAACAGGAUAAUCCUGUUCAAAUUUUUUGGUCAAUUUUGAACAGUAACAGCUUUCUCGAUAUUCAGGACAAUGAGUAAAUUUGAACAGGAUAAUUCUCUAAAAGUAUCCGGCAAAUUCGCAAAGAAAUGAUUUGUUUUAAAGAGAAACUCAGUAGGGUAUAAGUCGCCAAAUGUCAGUUCAUGGGAGUCAUUCAUAAUCUGUGACCUGACUGGAACAAGAUGGCUGUUUACUGCGCUUUUCAAAAACACGCAUAUUCCGAAGUUCAAAAGCCAACUGGCGUUUACGUUUUUCGCAGUCGUCAAUCAUUUUCGCGGACCUCGUAGGAAACAAAUGUUUAGUUCAACGGCUUCAAAAGGUCAUGGUUGGUGAUUUCUGAUUGGUGGAUUUCGAUCCGUUUUGUGCGUUUCUGUGUUUCAAGGUUCGUUGCUUGUGAUCGUAAUUAUGAGUGACGGCAGCGAAAAACGCAGUUGUGAAGGCGGCUUUUAAACUUUUGUGUUCGCGUGUUUUUGAAAAGCGCAAUAAAGGUUUCCAGUUUUAGUUUACUUUUAUUUUAAUGUUACUGUUUACUUAACAUGUUAAACAACACAUUAACAGCAAAGAAUUUUCUUUUCUUUCUUCAAAAGUGAGAGACAGCUCAUGCUGUGUGGUUUACAAGACCAGAGUUUCUCAUUUCAAGGUUAAAAAUACACCGCUCAAAGUCGAUCCCGCAAAUAUCCAAAAGGGUUUUAAAAUAAAGAACAUAAUUUCCUGCUGUUUACAACAUCGACAACAUCUUGAAUUUCAAAAAGCAACGCACGUAUGCGCGUUCUGUUUUUGUCUAGGCGUUUCCCGCCCGGGACUAGGCAAUAGCAGGCUUAUGGUCGAGUAGCCUGAGAUCAUGCCCUCUCCCUAUUAUCCCUUUAUGUCUCUCACGGGAAGAGGGCAUGAUACAUUUCUUUGCCGGAUCACAUGUAAAAAAGCCAGAAUCUGGACUUUUUUCUGAUUGGAUAGGAAACAAUACGGAUGAUUUGCGCUGUUCCGAUUGGCCAAAAUGCCGCCAUCCGUUAGUUGUUGUUGAUUUCAGUCUGCAUUUUUGCUUGCGUAAUGAGCAGUGAAUACACACGCAAGUUCGUUUUGAAAUUUCUGUCGGCUCAGUUUUCUUGAAUUUGAAGAAUGCCUAAAUUGAAGUUUCAUCCAUUGAAAUAUUUUCCAUCUCAUCGUAUACUAAAAAGUUGCAGUCGAAACUUCACCGAUCAUUUGAAUGCAAUUUGAUACCGGCUACAAGUUACAGAAGCGACAAACGGGUUCACUUUUCAAAUAAUCAAUUCAUGAAUGGAAUCUUGACCUGGUUUGACCGUAAUUCCUCCCUCAGAAAUCAGCGAAUUAUUCUGAGCGAUCUUCGCUUUCACAAUACCUUUCAGUUCGUGAAAUAUGGUGCUUCUGCCUAAAUUUUUUUUCACUGCUUUCGACACACAACGAAGUCAACGAGCUUUAACUAGUAAAUUCUUUGUUAUUUGUAGCUGUUAAAUAAAGGUACGGCAGCUCCAGCUAGCAAUAUUUCGUCCCAAAAACAACACAUUUAAACUUUUUUUGGGAAUCGAAGCGCCAUCUGAACGUGGACGCACUAAAAAAUUUUCUUUUCCCUAAAAUUGAUUUCAAAAGAGACAUUAUUCGCGCCAAAAUUUGAUUCCUGUAUGGUAAACGCUUAUUGGCUAAUAACAUGACAGGUCAUGCAGACGUUAGAUUAUGUAAAUUAGGGGGCGGUUGACGGCUUGUUAAAUGAAUGUAUCAGGCGUUACUUUUUUCCCUCUCGAGCCAAAGAAGCAAAGAAGCCAAAAAAAAAAAUAACGCCUGAUCUCAGGUUAAUGGUCGAGUGGCUUUCAUUUUUUUUAUUAUUAUUUUAUAGCGUCAAAACAUUCAAGAAACUUGCUCCUUAAUAUGAUUAAAAGUGAACUCAGCUAAAAUUGAGCUUAUUUAACUUCAGGUGUUGAUUCAAGAAAUUGGUGAACGGUGCAUUUUAGGCGUGGGUGCAGUGUUUAAAUGUUACAACUGUCAUCGAAUGCCUGGAAAGGAGGGAGGAACAGUUGGCUAUCGUGUGGAAGAUGGGAAACUAUUCAAGCCUGGCUGUGAAAAACUGGGGGAAGAAAUUCCAGGUAAUUGAUUGGGUGAUAACAGUCUCGUUCUCAGGCACUCUCUUGUCCCCGUCACCUAGAGUGAGAGAGUGAGAGACGGAAAUGCAAGAGACCUGGACACAUGGUUGGGUUGAUAGGUAGUGUUGGAGGAUUCUAAAUUGCUGGAUUUCAGUCUAAGUCACGGCCGCCAUGCUGGAGGGCAAAAGCGUUUCCCCUUCACUAUGAACUACGCUCUUUUGAAUGCUAAUUCUACCAAUUCCAAUUUUGUUUAGCUUUCAUAUCGGAAAAGGGCAUUAUAAAAGGCUAUUUUAUGUCAGAAACGUAAAGUAAUAAAUUCGUCUAGACGCAUUCAAAUUCUGAGACGAAAAAAUUCUGAGAGAAAUAGUCUGGUGUAAAAACGGGAAGCAUAAAGGCAGACGACAACAGUUAAAAGGCGAGUUAUUUGGAAAAAAGAUAAACAGUGACUCUUCCCAGUCGUUUCUAGUCGAGUUGAGAAUGAAUACGUCCCACUUUACGGCGUCCCAUUUUUAUGCUAGACAAGUUUAAUGUCUGAGACGUUAAUAUCAUUUGUUAAGUGCGUCGUUCGGACGCAUUUAGCAGAAGACGUGAAAGUCGUCAGAUGUUAAAUGCGUCUGUCUUAUCUACCGCUUUUAUGCUAGACGUUUAAGUCGUUUUAAGACCACUUUAACGUCUCCAGCAUAAAAAUGGCCUAUGCUUGCAGGCUCCAUUUCCCCGUCUCUCCACAAUCCCUACGCAGUUUUUUGCGCAGCUUUUCUAAGUCGGCUCUUCCUACUACUUUGGAGCGUGGAACAGACUUAACCUCGCCUACAGACACAAAGACAUAUAUAGAGAUCUAGGAGCUAUAACGUGACAGGUCACUUGACAAAUUCUCAAUAUUUUGGUCGUUUUCAGACGCCAUGGCCAGACGUGGUGAUCUCAUCGCCUGUGAGGUGAAUUUCGAUGGUGCAACCGAUGACACCAUUCCAGUUGUGUUCUUCUUGAACGGUAGAGAGAUUGCACGUGCUUCGAUGAUGUGCACCGCUGGACAAGCGAGACCAUUUCCUUACAUUUCAAUGGGGAUAAAAGGGAUUCAAGUUCUUGCCCAAGUACGUUAGUUUCCUUUAUCGUCCUUCUUAUAUAUCUUAACAUUUCAAAGCUGAUUUUUCUCGCUUAAAGAUGAAAUGUCUAAAAUUUCAUCAUAAUCUAUCUGAGAUUAGAAAACCUUUGUGUUCGUAUUCUACUACAAGCCUGCAUUCUGAUUAGUCGAGGUACUCGCUAACGUAAACCCGGGUUAAAUCAGCUCAGUCAGUAGAGUACGUGGUUGACUGCAGAGCGGGGGUUGGAGGUUCGAUUCCUUGGGCCGGACCAAUACUCAACCUUCGCGUGGACCGGAUCACCGCGGCGGUCCCCGUCUGUAGUUGGAGAACAUAGUGUGCCGAAUGUACUUUCGUUCUAAGUACUUUGACACUCAAAUAAAGAGCUUUUCUUUAGACAUAGGUGCUGGAUAGAUUUACUAAUUAAUAAUUAAAAGGCUGACUCUCCAUUUCCAUCGAUUUUGAAAAUUAACAACUAAAAUUUAGUAAAAGAAGAGGACUAUCGUCGAGUCAUUCCGCUUUAGGCGAGAAAUUCUCUAUUUGACCCCACUGGGAAACAGUUGAGCCAUAAAUGAAUAAAAUCAUAAAUCAUUUUUGUUAAUUUAGAUCUGUCCACGUGACAGUGGUGUGAGACAAGUAUCAGUAGCAGCUCCUGCGGUGCCACUCACAAAGGUUUCCUGGUCAGAAAGCCACUCGUCCCUCAUUGUACAAGAACAGUACAUCAAGUUAAAGGAAGACAUGGAGGCAAUGAAAAGAGGCAGAAGAGCACAGGCCAAGGAGUUUCAAGAAAAACUCGAUACUCAGUGGAAAAUCUUGACCGAGAUGUCGACACAAAUUCAAAAUCUCGUAAUGAUUUCUGGUCCGAAAGAGUCAGUGCAAGAAAGAGCUGAUGGUGCUGUUUUUUUAGGCUCUGAGCAAAGCGUGGAAACUGAGUCUGUUUUGUGAUUAUUACAAAAUCAUUUUAGACAGUGCAUGGUCUCACUAAUGCUCGCCUUCUCUUCAAGUAUUUUAAAACAAAACUUAACAAGUUAAAAGAGAUUAUCUUUACCCGUGUAAAUGUAACGUAAACAUGGCGGAUGCCAUAAGUCCUCAUUUUCCAACAAUUUACACAAAAGCCGAAUUCUACCUGAUUAUUAUAGGAAAACAAGCAGCUCUACCGAAUUUUUAAACGACGGCGAGGCAUUUUCAAAAGAGUUGUUUAUGUUUAAUUAUUCAAAGUGAAAUUUGAAUUCCUACAUGAAGGAAAAAAAACACUUUUAGCUUUUUUAAACAAAAUUUUUUUACAGUGUUACGAACUCAACCGAAGCCUUCCACAAAUAGGCCAGCCAAUUCAAUCACAGGUUGCAUUCACAGCAAAGGAGUCUGGGCUUUGGUGACUAUUAACCAAUCAAAUACGAGAACAUUUUAGUUUUUAAUUUUGAAAGUAUUGGUGGCUUCGCGUAAACUCGUUGCACUGCAGCUGGUGAAAUUAUAAAUCUGUAUGUCGGUACCCAUGACCGAAAGAAAAUGUAUAGCCUGCGUGGCAAGCGUUUCAAGGGUAUGGGCAAAGGUAAGUGAUACACAAGGCGCGCUACGUGAAGUCCUUUUUUCUACCGGUCAACCUUUGUCACUUCGCUUUUAGUUUAUACGAUAUUACAUCAGUUCAGAUAAAAAGUGGAUUUUACCAUGUCCAGCAAGAAAACCACAAUUAACUUUUAAGAUUGUUAAGGGAAAGAUCUCCAAAGUUCAUUAACUUAGGGAAAUAAUAAAAAAAUAAUAUUCUAAGGAGGGAUUGAAGAUGAGGCUCAAGACUAAUUAGAUUUUCUAAGCAAGAGAUCAGUUUAGUCAAUACCGUUUUGAACCACGUUUAAUCUCAUUACAAAGUUCAGUUAAAACAGAGAAUAUUUAGUGCGUAACAGAGUUAAAGGGCUGUAAAGUUCCUAACACCAAAUCAGUAUAUGCACUAUUGCGUUGUUUUCCGGUGUAAAGGCUACUAUAUUAUUUUUUAAGGGCUAGGGCUAGUUUUGUUCGACGUGAUGCCUCAUUAACGACCUCCUACAGACUUGGCAUAGGGAACACCUUAGGACAGAACUGAAAAAAACUAUUUGUUUUCAACGCGAGUGAGUAAUUUUAUGUUGGUAAAACAGUGCUUUUCUGGUCUGUACAAUAUAUAUGCCUUCUUGACUCAUAUGACUAUGUUCACUUCGAUAUUUGGUUUCAGAAAUGGGAUAAAAUUGCGGUUUUGUUGAAUAAAAUGAAAAAACCUCGUUGAAAUGACCUCUCGGCCGCGACGCUGUUGUCCGGCCUACUUGAGAUUAGUGUACAGCCACUUACGUAAUGGUUUGAUGUUUGAUGAACUACUUUUAAAAGCUUAAGGAACAUCGGCUAUUUUCUAAAAGGCGUUAGGAUAAUAUAACUACGCCAUUCCAAUCAGGAGGUGCUUCCUACUCAACGUGGCUAUUUAUAACUGAGCGAGAAUAUAACCUUCCACAGAAUAAUUAUUUCAUAAGCACUAGACAACACGUCUGUGAUACAACCAGUUGUUUAUUCCUACAAUAAUGUUUUUUCUGCACUGGAUUGUCACCCUCACUUUUGGUUUAACCCCCCAAAAUGACUUUAAAAAUCGAGAAAAAGACCUGUGUAUUGUCUUAGUUUGUUGUUGUUGAUGAUGAAUGCUGUUCAUGACACAAACUAUUGGAGGUGCAAAUCAGCAUAGGUCAGGUGUGCUGUGGUACGAUAAGGAGGUUGUUCUGCGUCAGGGAGUCUUCAGACUCUUGUUCUUCCCGCAGCCUCGUUAGAAAUG